AUGGGUUCCUCUACCAACGCUGACUAUGCCCUGUCGGCUGCUCACAAGGAGAUGCUCGAGAAGAGCCUCCUCGACUCGGACCCCGAGGUCGCUGAGAUCAUGAAAGAUGAGGUCCAGCGCCAGCGCGAGUCGAUCGUCCUGAUCGCCUCCGAGAACAUUACUUCCCGCGCCGUCUUCGAUGCCCUGGGUUCGCCCAUGUCCAACAAGUACUCCGAGGGUUACCCCGGCGCCCGCUACUACGGUGGCAACCAGCACAUUGACCAGAUCGAGCUGCUCUGCCAGCGUCGUGCCCUGGCUGCCUUCCACGUCGACCCCGAGAAGUGGGGUGUCAACGUCCAGUGCUUGUCUGGCAGCCCUGCCAACCUUCAGGUCUACCAGGCCAUCAUGCCUCCUCACGGCCGUCUCAUGGGUCUCGACCUCCCCCACGGUGGCCACUUGAGCCACGGGUACCAGACACCCCAGCGCAAGAUCUCGGCUGUCUCCACCUACUUUGAGACUAUGCCCUACCGUGUCAACCUUGACACUGGCAUCAUCGACUACGACCAGCUCGAGAAGAACAUUGUCCUCUACCGCCCCAAGGUCCUCGUCGCCGGUACCUCUGCGUACUGCCGUCUGAUCGACUACGAGCGCAUGCGCAAAAUCGCCGACCUUGUCGGUGCCUACCUUGUCGUCGACAUGGCCCACAUCUCGGGUCUGAUCGCCGCCGAGGUCAUCCCCACGCCCUUCCUCUACGCCGACAUUGUCACCACCACCACCCACAAGUCUCUCCGUGGUCCCCGUGGUGCCAUGAUCUUCUACCGGAAGGGCGUUCGCUCCGUCGACGCCAAGACCGGCAAGGAGACCCUCUACGACCUCGAGAACCCCAUCAACUUCUCCGUCUUCCCCGGCCACCAGGGUGGCCCCCACAACCACACCAUCACUGCCCUGGCCGUUGCGCUCAAGCAGGCUCAGACCCCCGAGUUCCGCCAGUACCAGGAGAAGGUUGUUGCCAACGCCAAGUCGAUCGAGAACAAGUUCAAGGAGCUCGGCCACAAGCUCGUGGCCGACGGCACCGACAGCCACAUGGUCCUCCUCGACCUGCGCCAGCACGCCCUGGACGGUGCUCGUGUCGAGGCCGUCCUCGAGCAGAUCAACAUUGCCUGCAACAAGAACUCCAUCCCUGGUGACAAGUCGGCCCUGACCCCCUGCGGUAUCCGCAUCGGUACCCCUGCCAUGACCUCGCGUGGCUUCGGCGAGAAAGACUUUGAGCGCGUCGGCCAGUACAUUGACGAGGCGAUCAAGAUCUGCAAGGAGGUCCAGGGCGCGUUGCCCAAGGAGGCCAACAAGCUCAAGGACUUCAAGGCCAAGGUGGCCGGCGGCGAGGUCGCCCGCAUCAACGAGCUCCGCAAGGAGAUCUCGGCCUGGACCAGCGCCUUCCCCCUCCCCGUCGAGGGCUGGCGUCUGGAUGCCGGCAUCUAA